AGUGACUUGCCCAGGGUCAAUGCAUCUAGUAAGUAUUUGAGGCUGGACUUAAAAACUCAGAAAGAUUAGUUUUUCAAGCCAAGCACUUGAUUCAUUGAAUCACCUGGAUUAUAUACUUCCAAGCCCCCAAAUGGGUACAGAUUAGUGCCUGGGGAGUUAGUUCAGGAAAGAGUUCUGUACUAGAUGACUUCCCAAGCUUUUCAAAUUUAUGGCUCUAGGAUAUGAACUUUAUCAGCAUACUUCCAUAGACACUGAAAAAUGCAUGAGCAUCAAUAUCUGAAGUUCAUGGGGGUAAAUUCAGGACCAUGAGGUCAAAGUCAGAACAACUUAGACAGGGUAGAUAAUGUUGACAUAAAUGGAAUAGAGAAGUGGCUAAUGAUGACACUCUGCUGCCAUGAGAAGUCACCCCUUCCAAAGUGGCCCUUCAGUCACAUCCCCUAAUGAGGUAUUUGCUCGUAAGCACCCGAGUCUGGAAAAAAGUAAGCGUCAGCCAUGGAAACUUUUUCUUCAAAUGCCUCUUUCUAAUACUUCCAUAAGAAAUCAAACCCUUUCCUUUAUGUGACGUUGGAUUUUCCGCAGAGUAAAAUCAAGAUAAAUGAUUUUUAUUUGAAAGAAAAAAAGAUGUGGUUUCUAGAUUCUCUGUCAGUUGUCAGAAUAGAGGCAAAGGUCACAUGUCACUAACACUGUCUAUAAAAGUCACUACCAGACAGAGGGGUCAUCACAGCUCUAGCUUCAGAAAGCACUUUCCUGCCUCCACCAAACCAUCAAGAUCAGGAUGGAGGUUGCGAUAGGGAUGGCUCUGUGGCUGAAGGGGAUCAUUCUUCUGACCUGCCUGGAACGUGAUGUCUCUUCCAGUCCUAUCCAGAAUGGGACCAUGAAAGAAAUCAUUGUUCAGCUUCACAAUCUAAAAAACCCCAAACAGCCACUAUCCUGCAAUUCAAGCAUGGUGUGGCAAGUCAACUUUGGAAAAGAAAAGCUUUGCGCAGCUUUGGAGGUCCUAAAUAACGUUACCGACUGCCCGGAGAUCGAUCGGCUUAGGAGAAACAUGAACCAUCUCCUGGCCAACAGCACUAGGAAUGAAAACUGCCUCAAGGUUCAAGACACCCAGAUCCAGCUGAGUAGGUUCCUGAAGGACCUACUCACUUUUUUGCAGAAAAGUAUUAGAAAUGAAGGAAUAUUAAAAUCAAGUCUGGGAAACUUUACUAAAGCAUGAGCGACAAUCCACAUUGGCAGAUAGAAACUAUGAAUAGUCAUUCUACAGAUUAACUUUCACUUUAGGCACAUUGGGGGGGGAGGGGAAGGGAGAUUUGCUUAGUUUAGCCUUAGCCUGCAUCAACACCCCAUCUCAGGAAAACUGAAUUCAAAUUACACCCCCCAUUCUGGUCCAAAGAGCGUCUUUCUUUGUUCCCAAAAAAGAGGUUCCUUGGAAGCUUAUUGAGCCUCAGCCCUGCUCCCCUCUGUCAGCUAGGGCAGAGUCUCUAGGUGCUCUUACUUGAAGCUAUUUGGAGCAUUUAGGACUUGACAACCAAGAAUCCUAGCGGACUUGGAGGGGUUUAGACCUCUGUGACUUGGGUAGGGGGAAGGUUCAUUCCUUGAUCAAUUUGGCAACAUUACCCAGCACUACCCUCUCCUAGCUGGGCAGUCCAGGAGGAGGGGAUAUUUUUUCUGAGAGGGCCCUGUUGCUCUUUAGGUCUAAGACAGAAAGCAACUUAAUUACAUUUCUUCAUGUUUUAUUUAUUUUUGUAUGUUAUUUAAAGCAACUAUUCUUUAAUUUCUUGGAGACAGGGAUUAUUUUUGUAGGCCUAGACACAGAGAUGAAGACUCAGCAUAUGGGCACUAAAGCCAGUGGACAUUUGUGGUCCCUGACAGAUAAGUCUUUACAGUACUGUAUUUCAAAACCUGCUACCUCACAGUGUCCUCUGGGUCAAGUGGGGCCAACCAAAGUCAGGAGAAAGACAAAGGGUGGAAGAAAAGGGUGAUUAAUUAGACGGUGACUGACUUUUCUGCCUCCCAAAAUGUUAUGUGACAUUACUGCUAAAUGAUAAUUUAUUUUUCUUCCAUGUAUUUAAAAUAAGUUUAUUAUUAAUCUAUAUUACUGCAGAGUUUAUAAUAUAUAGUGGAACAGCUAAGAACACAAUUUGUAAUGUAAUUAAAGGGUUUUAGUUAAUCAGUUAUUUUAUUGCCUGUGUGAAACUAGAAAUAAAAUAAACAAGUGGAAUGAAACCUC